GGUUCGAGACCUGCAUGGGCCAAAGUUUUAUAUAUAUAUAUUUUUUUUUGCUUCAUCAUUUUCAGUUUGAAGAGGAAGAAGAAGCAGAGUAGACCCACCCAGUUCGUUGUUAGGCAGCUUCCCCAGCACUCUUUCCUCGUUCAAAGCUUCCGCCUUUCUUCAGCUGCAAUGGCCGACAAGGAGCACGAGGCGGUGCCUACGGUGGAGAUCAACGGCCUCAGUUUCACCUACCCGGGAAUCGACGGCCACCCUCCUCCCGGUUCCAAGCCUCUGAUCGAUGGUUUCUCUCUCACCAUCAAUAAGGGCAACCGCUGCCUCCUCGUCGGGUCCAAUGGCGCAGGAAAAACCACCAUUUUAAAGAUUUUAGGAGGCAAGCAUUUGGUUGAACCCCACAUGGUCCGUGUGCUCGGAAGAUCAGCCUUCCAUGACACGGCUUUGACAUCUUCGGGAGACCUGUCUUAUCUUGGAGGCGAGUGGAGGCGAGAGGUUGCUUUUGCUGGGUUCGAUGUGCCCAUUCAAAUGGAUGUUUCUGCAGAAAAGAUGAUUCUUGGGGUGGCAGGCAUAGAUCCCCAAAGAAGAGCAGAAUUAGUCAAGGUGCUCGAUAUUGAUCUGUCGUGGAGGAUGCAUAGGGUAUCUGACGGUCAGAGAAGACGAGUACAAAUUUGCAUGGGCCUCCUUAAGCCAUUCAAGGUGCUUCUUCUCGACGAGAUAACCGUGGACCUUGAUGUGCUAGCUCGGGCUGACCUUUUGAAGUUCCUGAGAAAGGAAUGCGAAGGGAGAGGUGCCACAAUCAUCUAUGCUACACAUAUAUUUGAUGGUCUAGAGGACUGGCCAAGCCAUAUCGUAUAUGUAGCUCAUGGAAAGUUGCAACUAGCUAUGCCAAUGGACAAAAUCAAAGAGAUGAGCAAGUUGUCCCUCAUGAGAACAGUAGAGAGUUGGCUGAGGAAAGAGAGAGACGAGGAGAGGAAGAGACGGAAAGAGAGGAAGGAGAGUGGUCUCCCGGAAUUUGAGAAACGAGUCGAGGGGAGUCGCGCGGCUGGUGAUCCCGCUUGCGUGGCUGCUCGACCAUUGAACAAUGGGUGGGCUGGAGGAAGGCUGCACUCUACUAUAGCCGGUGAAGAAAACUUCUUCUUAAGCUCAAACCGUGUCCUGAGGCAGUAGACUAAACUCAAUAUGCUGGGACUUGGGAAGCCCAUGCUUCUCAGCAAACUCGAACCCAGACAGCAUGAAUGGGCUAAUAGUGCCGUACGGCCUGUACCUUUGCGGCUGUGAUGAUAAGAAGAAAGAAGACUAGUAAUUGAUAUUCCUUGCUUUUGGUUCUGUUACAAUUUUUUUCAUA